GAGAGAGAUACAGAGAGAGAGAGAGACAGAGAGAGAGAGAGAGAGAGAGAGAGAGAGAGAGAGAGACAGAGAGGUUGCAAAAGGAGCUGCAGAGUGGAUUUAGUGAAAGUAAAAGGAGUCAGACUAAUUAAAGUCAGUAAGUAUGGAUUCAGAGUCUGGUACCACAGCGACAGCUGACACCAUGGUCCCCGGAAGUCAAUGCCAGGAGUCUGGUACCACAGCAACAGCCGACACCAUGGUCCCCGGAAGUCAAUGCCAGGAGUCUGGUACCACAGCAACAGCCGACACCAUGGUCCCCGGAAGUCAAUGCCAGGAGUCUGGUACCACAGCGACAGCUGACACCAUGGUCCCUGAAAGUCAGUGCCAGGCUGAGGAGGAGGAGGAGGAGGAAGAGGAGGGAUCCGGAAACCAUACGCACCCAGACCCAGUCCUGGUGUGGGCCCCCAGUGGGAGACGGCUGCUCUCCGGGCUCCUGGGCCUCAACAUUGUCCUCCUUGGGGCAGCUCUGUUAGCUGGCCAGGCCUUCAACCCUCAGGGCCUCAGGCACCAGGAGCCCCAGAUCUUCAUGUUGCUGCUGAUGUGCCUCAGCCUGGCCUGGAUGCUGUGGUACCUACUCUGGGCCAGGAGGAAACCUGGGAUAUGCCCACAUAAAGACCACCACGCUGGGGGAAUCACAGUCACAGUGGUCCUGAUGCUGUUUGCCGCCUUCAGUCUCCUGAUGCAUCUCUUCAAGAUGGGUUACUAUGUCAUGAUGAAGGAGUGUAAGCCAGUUGCUAAAGUCCUUGCCCCCUUCAUCGAGGCUCCCUUUCUUGGCCUACAGACCUAUUUGCUCUGGGCUCACUCCAAAGACUGUAUUCACAAGCACAAGAUCAUUACCAGGUCUGGGCUGAUGGUUACUCUGAGCGCAGAUCUGUUGCUGUGGCUGAACGCGGUGACAGAAGACACAGUUCAUCUGGAGAUAGAGAUGGAGAAGGAGGAUGGCCGCGCCACAUAUGGCAGCGCAGAUAGCUCUGACUCCGCAGGGCUGAGAAAUGCAACGUUAUGCCAGUGCAGUGCAGACACAGUGUGCCUGUUCUUCAGGAAGGGUUAUGAAGUCCUGUAUCCCUUCAACAUGGAGUACUACCUGAUGGCAGGCUGCAUGCUUUAUGUGAUGUGGAAGAACGUGGGCAGGCGUAUGAGCCCUGGGUCAAUACCCCACCAUGCCCAGAGGAUUACCCUACGCAUCGUCCACGAAGGUGGGAUCCUAUUCGGGCCGUUGUUCGGGGGUCUGGUCCUUAUAGCUGGGGUGGUUGUGUUCAUCCUGUAUCAAGUUUGGGUGAACCGAGGCAAGCACCGGCACACUGCCUUUCUGAUAUUCUACUGCUACCAUCUAGCUGUGAUGCCCAUCAUGUCCCUCUGCUCCCUGGCUGGCCUGUUGGUCCAUAAGCUGGAGAGGAGGGCGGAUGAGAGGGGACAUAACCCCACGCGUAGCCUGGAUGUGGCCCUCCUGGUUGGGGCAGCCCUGGGACAGCUUGCCCUGUCCUAUUUCUCUCUGGUGGCUGCUCUGGCUGUGGGGCCUAGCGGACCACUGGGAAGCCUGGAUCUUUCCUACUCCCUCCUCAGCCUGUUGGAGCUCCUGCUGCAGAAUGUCUUCAUCAUUGAUGGCCUCCACCGAAACCCCAACCUGGCCCUCACCAAGGGUAAAGGAAAAGAGCGAAUCAACAUAUUCAUGAAGAGGAAGACCAUGGAGAAUACAAAUGACAGGAAUAAAGUAGGAGGAGCGAUGUCUCUAUUGAAGAGGGGAAAGGCAGUGACAGCACCACCUGUUUGCCAAGUCAAGGAAGGACAACAGACCUGGUACAAAAAAGUCACACAGGAGAUCUGUGCCUUCCUCAUACUCUCCAAUAUCAUGCUCUGGAUGAUCCCAGCGUUUGGAGCCCACCCCCAGUUUGAGAACGGCCUGGGGAAGCAAUUCUUUGGCUUCUCUGCCUGGUUUGUCCUGGUCAACCUGGUUCAGCCUCUGGGAGUCUUCUACAGGAUGCACUCUGUGGGGGCCCUGAUGGAGCUCCUCAUCACUGGCUGAGCUCCUAUCCUCUCCUCCCCUGUUCUCUUCUCUGCCUGGUUUAUCCUGGUUAACCUGGUUCAGCCUCUGGGAGUCUUCUACAGGGGGGCCCUGAUGGAGCCCCUCAUCACUGCCUGAGGGAUAGGAACCACAACAGUGACGAACUGCUCCCCUCUGGGACAUAAGGCCACAAUGAGCUCCCUCCACCUUUCAUAUCCUUGGGUGAAAUAUUGUGCCGACCAGCUAAAUAUCACAUUUCUGUAAAGAUGAGACAUGUAAACAUUUCUCUGUUGACAUUAAAAACAUGUGUACUUUGAUUCAUAAUACAUUAUUUAUUACAUGUGAUAUGUUUCCAGUACUUUGAAAAUAUUGACAUUAUGAAAUCAGACACAGAAUACAAUAGCAUUUGCCUGCAGUUCAAAAGCCAAUACAUACAUUCCAGAGAUAUCACUUCUUGUCUCAGUCAGUCAGCUCACAGAGGUUCCGGUCAGUCCCCAGGUCUCAGUCAUUCAGCUCACAGAGGUCCCGGUCAGUCCCCAGGUCUCUCUCUAGUCUGUUUCAGUUAGUCCCCAGGUCUCAGUCAGUCAGUCCCCAGGUCCCAGUCAGUCAGUUCACAGAGGUCCCUGUCAGUCCCCAGGUCUCAGUCAGUCGGUUCACAGAGGUCCCGGGUCAGUCCCCAGGUCUCAGUCAUUCAGCUCACAGAGGUCCCGGUCAGUCCCCAGGUCUCUCUCUAGUCUGUCCCAGUCAGUCCCCAGGUCUCAGUCAGUCAGUUCACAGAGGUCCCGGUCAGUCCCCAGGUCUCAGUCAGUCAGUUCACAGAGGUCCCUGUCAGUCCCCAGGUCUCAGUCAGUCGUUUCACAGAGGUCCCGGUCAGUCCCCAGGUCCCCAG